AUGUCUACGACACGAGCAGUAGCAACAGCAGGAAAAACAAAUGCAGCAGCUGCAACUACUGUAACGACAACCGCUACGUCAGUCACUACUUUACAUAAUACUGAACAGGAAACAACACAUAAGCGAUAUCAUGACAAACACAGUGCGAACUAUGUAAUACGGACUGGUGCAGCUGGAGGAAUAGCUGGCUGUAUGGCAAAAACGGUCAUAGCGCCUCUCGAUCGAGUAAAGAUCCUAUUCCAGGCCAGCAAUCCCCAAUUUCAAAAAUAUGCAGGAUCAUGGUCAGGGAUAUUCCAAGCAGCCCGACAGCUCUACAUACUCGAUGGGUAUCGAGGCCUGUUUCAAGGUCAUUCGGCAACGCUUAUAAGAAUAUUCCCAUAUGCAGCUGUGAAAUUUGUAGCCUACGAACAGUUUAAACAUGUGCUGAUGCCAACACGAACAUCUGAAAAUCAUGUUAGGCAGUUCAUUGCAGGGUCGCUUGCUGGUAUAACUUCUGUGCUAGUAACAUACCCACUAGAACUCGUCCGUGUCCGCCUGGCUUUUGAAAUUCGCAAAGACACGCGAAUAGGCAUACGUAGCAUCUGUUCUCAAAUCUACAGCGAACCCGCCGCCUCUCGCCGCGUAUUAUUUCAUUUUCCUCUGAGGAAUUUCUACCGUGGACUAAUGCCCACGAUUGCGGGCAUGGUACCGUACGCUGGAGUUUCAUUUCUGACUCAUCAUGCUUUAUCCGAAUUUUGCCGCAAUAGGCUGUCGGAACUAACGACAGAUCCUUCACUUGUUCGUGGCAAACUCGACGGACGUGGUCAGAAGAGGAGAGCACCAUUGAAAACAUGGGCUGAGUUGGUUGUUGGGGGGUUAUCUGGAGCAAUAGCACAGACAGUAUCCUAUCCAUUUGAGGUUAUUAGAAGGAGGAUGCAAGUAUAUGGAGCUUUGGAUCCGGCAAGAUUUGUGGGAAUUUGGGAAACAACAAGGACUAUUUGGAUACAAAACAGAUUUAGAGGAUUUUUUGUCGGGUUGACCAUUGGUUAUCUGAAAGUGACGCCAAUGGUCGCAGUAUCUUUUACAGUGUAUAAUAGAAUGAAAUUAUUAUUUAAUGUCGAUUGA